AGGGGGGUGGGCGGCCACAGCCCCGGAGCCGCCACAGCCCCGGAGCCCCGAAAGCCGCGGAGCCGCCGCGGAGCCGCCACAGCCCCGCCAGCCCGGCGGGCUCAGCAAAGGGAGGCGAUGUUGAUGCUGGACUGCAGUUUAGAGUCUGGUAGUUUCAGCAAUCUGUUUGAGGCAGGAACCGCUGUGAACGCACCUGCAGAUGCCUUUGGUCAGUCUCCAGCUCACCUGGCUGCUUGUGGUGGUGAAGCUUUUUUCCUACUUUGGCAACUGCAGACAGGAGCGAAUUUGAACCAACAGGAUUGCCUUGGAGAAGCCCCAAUUCAUAAAGCAGCAAAAGCUGGAAGUUUGGAAUGUCUCGCUCUCCUUGUUGCUGGCGAUGCCAAAAUUGACUUGUGCAACAACAGUGGACAGACAGCAGCAGAUCUUGCACUUGCUUAUGGCUUUCUGGAAUGUGCCAAGUUCCUCAAGACAAUUCAGCACACUCAGACAAUGAAACUGAAAGGACGGUGCAGCUACUUGCUAAGUGACAAACAUGGCUUGCUGAGAGAGGAUCCAACUGCACAGAAACAAGAAAGUAAAACCAGCAGAUCCAUAAGCAGGAAGAGGAGAAGAUCAGAUGAUCUUGUUUCCUUGCUGCCAGAAGAAACAGCCUGUAAUCCCAACAUGAAAUAUGGGGAAUCUGAAGUCUGAAGAAACAUGACUGGAUGAUACAUUGAGCAGCCAGAUGUGUAUGCUGGGACAUUGUCUCCUUCUGAGAAGGAGGAAAGCUUGUUUAUUGUUACUUCUUACAGAAGAAUGUUGUGGUUCCCUCCCAAUAGUUGUAUUCAUACAGCUAUAAAUAAAUGAGCGUGUGACAAUUAA